AUGGCUGCGUCUGCAGCCAGGGGAAGAGGAGGCUCACUUCUCCUCUCUCCACCGGGGCGGGGGGCUCGCUCGCUCGCUCAGACGGGCCGGUUCUGUUCCUUCUGCCUCGGCUGGGGGGUCCAGCGGAACCUCAUGGCGGAGAGUCGGCAUGGCGACGGCGGCGGUAUGGAGGGGGGGGGUCCCUCCGGGGCGAGGGGCCCACGGGCCGGCGGGGGGCACUCGGCCGGCCGGGACUCCGGGAAAGGGGUGCGGUGCGGCCCGGGGGGGCAGAAGCUGCAGGUUUACCCCGCCAACGCGGCACGGGAGAGGAGCAGGGUGCGGAACCUUCGGCAGGCCUUCCACAGCCUGCAGGCCGCCCUGCCCUCCGUGCCCCCCAACACCAAGCUCUCCAAGCUGGACGUGCUGGUCCUGGCCACCAACUACAUCGCCCACCUCACGCAGACCCUGGACCAGGGCGAGGCCCCCGCAGAGAGACCCCCUCUCUACAGGGCGGGGGGCUACCUCCAUCCAGUCAAGAAGUGGCCCAUGCGUUCCUUGCUGUAUUGUGGAAGUGUGGGAGACCUGCUCUCAGGGGCCCCGGCCAAUCAGAAAGUUCACUCCGGAGAGGACGAUGCCAACCCAUUGGCCCCUGACGGUGAGGGCCACACGGACUGGACCAGCCAGAAAUGAAUGAUGAGGAAAUGAGAGAGCACUCUGCUAAUACGGCUUGGUACACUGUGACAUAUGGUCCUGGCUUUCGAAAAUGUCAAAGGAAUAACAUAACAGUUAAUACAUUGAACUACUGAAAUUAAAAGUACUUCUUGCAGCUUAGAAUGAUAGUAAUUAUUAUAUAAAAGAUUCUCAGCCCUUUCCUGUCAGCAAAAAGCCACACACAAAAAAGAAUAAGCACAAGAGAAUACCAUCCAUAUCUACUGAAGAUGAAUAUACUCACUGAGUACUUUAUUAGGAAAACCUGUACACCUACUUACUCGUGCAAUUAUCUAAUCAGCCAAUCAUGUGGCAGCACUGCAAUAUAUAAAAUCAUGCAGAUAUGGAUCAGGAGUUUCAGUUAAUAUUCACAUCAACCAUCAGAAUCUGUCUUAAUUCUGUGAUCUUCUUUGUAGGAUAAUGAUUUUAUUUUCUCGGAUUAAGUUCCAUAUUAAAUAAGAAAGAAACGUCAUUAUAAACAUUUUUAGUUAAGGAGGGCUUGUUUUGAGGUUAUGGUGUUGUGUAUAUGAGGGGGUGUGUGUGGAUGGGCUGAUAAACUCAAAAAGGAGGGCUUGUUUUGGAACUCGUAGCGAUCCUGAAUGCAGCUGAGCAUCCCACAGUGCCUCAUAUCUUCCCAAUGACACAGUUCUGAGUAAAUAUACACUUUUUUUAAAGCAAAACA